ACACUUCGCAACGCAACUGAACCAACAGAUGACUAGGUCCGGCGUGCUGGCAAGGGCCAUGUAGUCAGCGUCUGCAGCUGUGGCUACAACACCUUGCCUCCGCUCCAAGGCCAGCGCCUUAUUUGUUUACUGUUCGCCUUGCACAAGUGCGCGGUGCGUGUAACGUGUACAAAUCGCGCGAGCGGAAGACAAUUUUUUUUUCCAAGCAUCGUUCCGAUAUAAAGCGAGAGAGAUAGGCUAAAACCGUUGUAUAGUUGAGUCUCUCAGAGCAGCGGUAAAAAGCGUUUCAGACGGACCAAGAUGGCGAGCAAGUUUAUCCCACUGGUCGCCUUGGCACUCUUCCAGACUCUCCUGGCUGGCGGCGCUGAAGCAGCGACCAGCAACAGCAGCAGCAACAGCUCCUCCGCCGAGAACAUAUUCCAGCAGGUGCUGGACCUGGCCAACGACCUCAAGGAGCUGUACAAGGACGACGUGGAGAUCGCGCAAGGGAUCGAGAAGUUGAUCGCCGACCUCCGGAACGCCGCGGAGAACCACACCAACUGGUCGCUGCCGGAGAUCGCCCAAGUGGCCAUCCAUCUGUCCCAGGACGUGGCCGAGCUGUACAGCAGCAUCUCCAAGAACGGGAACCUCACCGCCGACGCGCAGAAGGUUUUCGACGACAUCAGGGCCAUCUUGAGCAAUUACAUCAAGAACUUCGUCGUCACCUCGGGAGAGUUCCGAAACCUCAUGAUCGAGUACUUGGACCAGACCGCCCUCGCCGGCGACGACUACGGCAGCAACUCGACGGAGUCCACGCUGCAGCAGAUCGAGGAGCUGCUGGCGUCGCUGAAGAAGCUGUACGAGGACGACGUGCAGAUCGCCAAGGCCGUCGAGGACCUGAUCGCUGGCUUCCGCAACAUCUCGCAGAACCAGGGCCAGUGGUCGGUGCCGCAGCUGGUGCAGGAGGCGGCCGCGAUCUACCGCGGCGUGACGGAGCUGUACGAGGCCGUCUCCAGCAACGGCGCGCUGUCCGCCGACGCCGAGCACGUGUUCCAGGAGCUCAAGGCGCUCCUGGGCAAGCUCAUCAAGCCCUUGGCCCGCCGGCCGGAGGUCUUCCGGCAGGUCCUCACCAGCUACGUGGACCAGAUGAGGGCCAAGUGGCGGCAGGAGACCGCGAACGACGACGAAGUGGUCUUGUACUAGUCUAGUUGACGCGAGAGGAAAAAAAAAAACAAGCACAGAAAGGCUACUAAAUUUUACCUCUACUGACUCAAACAACAUUGGUGUUUAAGCGAUUGUGCUGAAUAAAAUAAAUAUUAUCGAAGCAACAAA